UCCUUUCAGUUUCAGGACUCUCGUUGUUAUAGCGAAGCCGCUUCCUCAAACCAAAGAAAAACAAGUGGCGAACAGCUUUCGAAAACAGUAUCCUUGCGAAUCCCAGGUUUCUCUUCUUCUUCUUCUUCUUCUUCUUCCUCUCUCUCUCUCUCUACCCCCGGAAACUAGAUCUUUCACAUGUACGGACUCUCUCUUGCCAGUUGCUGAAAAAUCCUGUCGUAUUCAGUAACUCUGAAAGCCUUUUUCUCUAGGGCGUUUCUCUCUCCUCUUUCAGAUCUCCGACGGCGUUCUAGAUCUAGGGUUUCUGCUAGUGUUCUUCGUAUUAGGGUUUCGAGGUCGAUCUCCCUGCAUGUUCUUUCAGCGCGAUAAUGACGACCCCGUUUCCUGCUCCCGUCAGUGCUAUUCAGGUGGGAUCGUAUUUUGUGGGACAGUAUUAUCAGGUUCUUCAGCAGCAGCCGGAUUUAGUUCAUCAGUUCUAUACGGAUGCGAGCACGAUGCUCCGUGUGGACGGGAACAUGAGUGAGACUGCCACGGCAAUGCUGCAAAUUCAUUCCCUUAUCAUGUCAAUGAACUUCACGGGAAUUGAGAUCAAAACUGCUCAUUCACUGAAAUCUUGGAAUGAUGGUGUUCUGGUGAUGGUUUCUGGUUCUGUGCAAACCAAGGAUUCCGAUGGCAGAAGAAAAUUUGCACAGACCUUUUUCCUUGCUCCUCAGGAGAAAGGUUAUUUUGUUCUCAAUGAUAUCUUUCACUUCCUCAAUGAUGAACAGAUUCUUCAGCACCCAGCAGCUGUAUUGGCCCAUGGAAAUUUUGAGCCUACGCUACGUGCAUCGAGUCCGCUUCCAGAGCCAGAACAACUAAUGGCUUUGGCAGUUUCGGACUACAUGCUGGGAGGAGAAGUUCAGGCCAGGGAGUUUGUGGCAUCGGCUCAUGUGGAAGAAAAUGAUACAGUUGACAAGUACAGUAUCCCUGAGCUGCAACAGCAAGUUUCUGAAGCUGACAACUUAGUUGAAGAAACUCCUGUGGAAGAGUCCACUGCAUCAUCAUAUCCAGUUGCUUUGGAAACUCUAAGGGACCCCCCUCCUGUUCCUGUUGAGGAACCUAUUGGAGAGCCCCCAAAGCAAACUUAUGCUUCGAUUCUACGGGUUGCAAGGGGACUAUCUGGACCUUCUGUAUCUCCUCAGGCACCUUUACAUAAGAAUGCUGCUCCAGUUGCUUCGGAGUGGCAUCAUCAUGCACCACAGACUACUCCCCAGCAGUUGCAUCCUGCAUCAUCAAUGGGGUCUGAGAGGUCUGGUGUAGAAGCAAUGGAAGAAAUUGCCAUUCCAGAAGAAGGUGAAGCGAGAUCUGUUUAUGUGAGAAACCUGCCAUCUACUGUUUCAGCUUCUGACAUUGAGCAGGAGUUCAAGAACUUUGGGAGAAUCAAGCUUGACGGUGUUGUUGUGAGGAACCGCAAGGAUAUUGGAGUGUGCUAUGCUUUCAUCGAAUUUGAAGACACACUUGGUGUCCAAAAUGCAGUCAAGGCAUCUCCAAUACAGUUUGCAGGGCGGCAGGUACACAUUGAGGAGCGGAGAGCAAAUGGCAGCUCAUCUCGAGGAGGAAGAAGGGGUCAGGGGAGGGGUGGUUAUCUGUCAGAGGCCCCCAGGGGGCGUUUCAGCAAUCGAACUUUUGGGAGGGGAAAUGGGCAAGAAGCUGGUGACAGGGACUACAGCAACAGGCCGAGGGGGAAUGGUUUCCAUCAGCGGGGUGGGGUCCUGCGGCAAGAAAGGGGGAUCUUAGGGAACCAUGUAUCCAGGAAUGGUCCUUACUCUUCAGAGGCCUAAGCCUCUUAGUACAUCUCUUUAGGCAGAGGGAGAGGGAUGGAGAGAGAGAGAGAGAGUGAGCUUUAGGGUUUUCAGGUGCAGUCCUCCAUCUUAACACAUUUAUAUUAUUUUCAGGAAAUAUAUAUAUCCAUAUUUUUGUGGAGCUUCAUUAGCCAUCUGGUUUGAGCAGCAGCACCCCUGAUUUUGAUGUUUGCAUAAUCAUAGUUUCUUGUUUCUUUGUUUUA